AUGACGCCCCAGAACAACCCGCUCCUCGCCGACUGGUCGUCGCAGCCGUUCUCGCUCCCGCCCUUUGGCGCCAUCCAAGCCGACCACUUUGAGCCCGCGAUUGCAGUUGCCCAGGACCAGAAGCUCGAGGAGCUCCGCCAGAUUGUCGAGAACCCAGACGAGGCCACGUUUGCCAAUACGAUUGUGGCCUUUGACCGGUCGGGCCGCUCGCUCAAUGCCAUUCUAAACGUCUUCCACAACCUCUGUGGCUCGUGCUCGACGCCUGAGCUGCAGGCCGUGCAGCGGCAGCUGGCGGGGCCCCUCGCUGCCUUUGGCGCCAAGAUCACGACGUAUCCGGGUCUUUUUGAGCGCAUCGACGCGGUGUACCACGCCCGCGACGCCUUUGCCGGCGAAGACCUUCGCCUCAUCGAGCGCAUUCACUUGGACUUUGUCCGGUCCGGCGCUCGCUUUGACAAGGAAACGCAGGCGCGCUACACCGAAGUGCUCCAGGACCUCGCCAAACUCACCAACCAGUUCAAGCAAAACGUUCUGACCGACGAGACGGACUUUACGAUCGAGCUCUCGGAGGCCGAGAUGGACGGCUGCACCCCCGAUAUCAUUGCGUCCGCCAAGCAAAACGCCGCCGACCGUGGUUACGGCGAUGACGUCUACGUGGUCACGGUCGCCCGGUCGAUGGUCGAGCCGUUCUUGUCGAGUGCCACCAAUAGCGCUGCCCGCGAGAAGGUCUUCCGCGCGUUUACGUCCCGCGGCGAGCUCUCGCCCGAAAACAACAACAACGAUAUUGCGGUCAAGAUUAUCGCGCUCCGCAUCGAGCAGGCUACGGCCCAUGGCUACAAGACGUUUGCCGACUACCAGACAAGCGACACGAUGGCCAAGACGCCGGAAGCCGUCAGCGAACUCCUCAACCGCGUCUGGGCGCCGGCCAAGGUCGCGGCCAACCGCGAGCGCGAAGCCCUUGAAGAGUACGCGGCGUCGAUCGGCGACAGCAGUGUCGUCCAGGCGUGGGACUGGCGCUACUACUCGGAGAAGGUUCGCCAGCUGCGGUAUGACAUUGACGAGGCGACGGUCAAGCCGUACUUUAGCCUCGAUCGCAUGGUCGAAGCCGUCUUUGACGUGGCGUUCCACCUCUUUGGCCUGCAUUUUAUCCUGCGUGAAGACAUUGAGUCGUACCACCCGGACGUCAAGGUCUACGAGGUGCGCGAGACGACGGCCGAUGACGACGAAGACAAGCUUGUGGCGAUCUUCUUCCAUGACUGCUAUGCACGGAAGGGGAAACGCAGUGGUGCGUGGAUGAGUUCGUUCCGCACGCAGAGCCGCAACGAAAACGACACGCGUGUGAUCCCGGUCAUCAUCAACAACUGCAACUUUGUCAAGGGCGCCAACGGUCAACCUGCACUCCUCAGCUUUCGCAACGUCAAGACGCUCUUCCACGAGUUUGGUCAUGGCUGCCACGGCAUGCUCUCGGACGUCAAGUACAACCGUCUCGCUGGCACCGCCGUCCUCCGCGACUUUGUCGAGCUCCCAUCCCAGCUCAUGGAGCACUGGAUGUCGCAGCCAGAUGUGCUCAAGAAGCACGCCCGCCACUACAUCACGGACGAGCCGAUCCCGCAGAGCCUCCUCGACAAGAUCAAGGCGGCCGCCAACUUUGGCCAGGGCUUUGGCACCGUCGAGUACACGGCGUGUGCGCUCAUGGACCAGAAGCUCCACCAGCUCGACUCGGUGGAUGGCCUCGACAUGCUUGCGUUCGAGAAGGCGGAGCUCGCCAACCUCGAGAUGCCGACGGGGAUCGUCAUGCGCCACCGCAUCCCGCACUUUUCGCACCUCUUUGCGAGCUCGGGCUACGCGGCGCUCUACUACGUGUACCUCUGGGCCGAAGUCCUCGACGCGGAUGCGUUCGACGCGUUCUUGGAGUCGGGCGACAUCUUUGACAGCGCGACGGCCAAGCGUGUGCGUGAAAAUAUCUACUCGACGGGCAACUCGGUGCACCCCAUGGACGCGUACCGGGCGUUCCGUGGCCGCGACCCGGUGAUCGAACCCAUGCUCAAGAAGAAGUGCUUGUUGUAA